AUGUCUCGAGUACAAUGGCUCAGCAGCGAGCUGCUGCAGACUUUCCCGACCUGCUCCUCACGCACCCCUUCCCCCUCAGAGCUUCCCUCCCUCUUCGCCUCCACAGCACCAGAAUGGCGCGGCGCCCUCGCCGAGUCCCAAUACAUCAAGCAAUGCAUCGAGCUAGUUUCGUUGGACUCUGUCCAUCCUCCACCGAAUCUGAUGCACAGUGAUUGGAUCCUCGUGGACAACAGGCUCUCCGUCACCGGACGGAAGAUCUUAUCCUCAUGUGAGACAUUCCAGAAACGCGUCUUGAUCCAAAGACCCGAGAGGAAUGUUGAGGAGAAAGUGAUCUAUGGAAUAGCAAGUGUCUUCACAGCACCGGAAUUCAGGAGGAAAGGGUAUGCGCGGCGAAUGUUGCUAGAUUUGGUUGAGGUUUACAAAAAGGAGGAGUGUGUAGGCACGCUUCUAUUCUCGGAUAUUGGGAAGAAAUUUUAUGGUGAGAUGGGGUGGAAGCCAUUACCCGGAAACUCACAUAUCGACUUUGCUUCUCCGAACUCGGAUUUUCAUGUGACGGCGGUGGUGAAGGAAGCGACACCGCUGUUUGAAGCUGACUUGGAGAAGCUGUGCAAGGAGGAUGAGGAGAUAUUGAGGAACGCCAUAGACAGGGGGCCUGGGGUGAAAACAAGAAUGGUAAUUGUACCUGAUUAUAAACAUAUGGCUUGGCAUCAUAUGCGCGAGGAAUUUGUGAUCCAGCGAUUAUGGGGGGCGAAGGCUCCUAAUGUCAAAGGCGCCAUCGCUGGUGAACCUGGGAAGAGGGUGUGGAUGAUCUGGACAAGGAAAUAUGAUUUUGCACCAGACGAUUCCGAGGCUGGGAAUAUGCUUUAUGUUUUAAGAUUGGUGAUUGAGAAUGCGGAUAGUGGAGGUGGUGUUCUAGCAGGGGAGAGAGAUGACGUGAAGGAGAACUUGAGAGCUGUAAUUGAGAGGGCGCAGAAGGAGGCGCAGGAGUGGAGAAUGUCGGGGGUGAGGCUUUGGGGACCGAGUCCGCUGGUGAGGGAGUUGGUGAAGGAGAUGGCCGUCAGUUCUUGGGAGUGGCAAAGGGAAGUGGAGGGUAUUGCGAGUUUGAUGUUGAAUGAGGGAGUGAGCGAAGACGAGAUUGAGUGGUUGGCGAAUGAGAGGUAUGCGUGGUGCUAG